AUGUUCAAUGAAUUUUGGAUUGUUGUAGCUCAUGCUCAGAGUGGAAGCUAUGCAUGGGGAGUUGUCGCCCUAGUGCAUACGUAUGAUCAUUUGAAUGAUGCUUGUAAAAGCAGCGGUCGACAGCUUGCUGGUUACAUCACUUUAUUACAGUGUUGGAUAUAUGAGCAUUUUCCCACUGUUCAUGAGAGCGUGAUUGAUCCAGAGUAUGAUGAGAUGUCACCACGUGCCUGCUGGUGGCUUACUACGAAGGCUUAUUCGAAGGGAUUCCCAGCUUCGACGUACCAGACACGUAUAGAUGCACUGAUGAUCCUUGAUGUAUGUUGGAUGCCUUAUGGUGAGCAUCGAGGAGUUAGGGCGUUUGACCUCAUUUCAUGCUUUCAGGGUGAGCUUAGAUGGGACCCUGUUGUGGUCACACAUCGACCAGAGAGGAUGGCAGUUGAUCCGCCCAGACAUCCACCUAUCCCACACCAUGACACAUAUGUGGAGCCAAAUAUCCCUGUGGUCCCUACGACACCAGAAGCUGGACCUUCACAUGCACCUUCUGAUGUGGAGCAACCUAGACAUGCAGUGGAUGCGUGCCAAGCGAUUGCAGAAAGGUUGGAGCGUUUACUCAACCUAAGGAUAGUCACUGUAGGCACAGAGAUACAUGAGGUUAUGGAAGACUGCAUCAUGAUCGCUAGGGGUGUCACAACAGAUGGAAGUGUUUAUGUUAGGGCGCAACGAAGACGGUGCACGGAUCAGUCGUAG